CAUAUUUGCUGCUGGGUCCACUGAAUGACGCCAUGUGUUACCCUUGCUUUCCUCAGGUGGGUUCUGACACAUUUUACUCCUUCAAGUAUCAGAUCAAGGAGGGCAACUGCCCUGUUCAGCGUGGCCUCACCUGGCAGGACUGUGACUACAAGGACGCCGAGGAAGCCGCCACUGGAGAAUGUACAGCGACAGUGGGGAAGAGGGGAGCUAAGAAAUUCUCUGUAGCUACCCAGACUUGCAAAAUUACUCCAGGUAAUGGACCCGUAUUGACAGCCCAGUACACCUGUUUGGGCUGUGUACACCCCAUACCGCCUGAUAGCCCUGAACUGGAGCCUGUCCUGAAACACGCAGUUGAGCAUUUCAACAACAACUCCAAGCACUCCCACCUCUUUGCUCUUGAAGAAGUAAAAGCAGCCCAGAGACAGGUGGUGGCUGGAAUGAAUCUUGAAAUCACCUACUCAAUUGUGCAAACUAAUUGUUCAAAGGAGCAGUUUCAGGUCUUAUCUCCAGAGUGCAAAUCCCUUGCGGAUGGAAUGCUGGGCCUCUGUGUGACAGGAGCCAGGAUAGACUACUCUUUGGGUAUACCUACGACUUUAAAUCUGUUUGUUUUUUCAGGAGAGGAUUUGACACAACCACUUCCCGAGGGCUGCUUUGGAUGCCCCAAGAGCAUACCUGUAGAUAGCCCAGUGUUGACAGAGCCUCUUGGUCAUGCCAUCAAAAAGCUUAACUCAGAGAAUAACCAUUCUUUCUAUUUCAAGAUCCACACAGUGAAAAAAGCGACAUCCCAGGUGGUAGGUGGAAUGAGGUAUUUUAUUGAGUUCGUAGCCAGAGAAACCAAAUGUUCGAAGGAGAGUAACACAGAACUGAAAGAAGAUUGUGAGGUCAAGUCCUCUGGUCAAAGUCUGAGCUGCGGUGCUAAUGUGUACAUGAGACCUUGGGAGAACAAAGUCGAACCGACUGUCAAGUGCCAAGUAUUAGAAGCGAUGAUGAGGAGACCUCCAGGCUUUUCACCUUUCCGGUCAGUCCAAGUCCAAGAAGCAAAAGAAGGAACAACUGUAAGUCCACCCUAUACUGCCAUGGUGCAAGAAGAGCAGGAUGCAGAACAUGAGCGAAGACCCGCUGAGGGGCAUGAGAAACAGAAAAAGCAUAAGACUGACCACGGUCAUAAGCAUGGGCAUGACCAAGGCCAUCGGCCCCCAAAGACACAUGGCCUUGGCCAUGGACAUCAGAAGCAACAUGGCCUUGGCCAUGGACAUCAGCUUAAAUUGGAUUAUCUUAAACCCCAAAGGGAAGACAAUUUUGACCAUGAACAUAGAGAGGAACGUGUUCAUAAGCAUGGUCAUGGCCAUAGUAAACACAAAAAUCAUAACAGAAACAAUGGCAAGCAAACUGAGGAGAGAACAGAGCCUUUGGUAGGCGCUUCUGAAGACAGCUCUACAUCCUCCACACAGACACAGGGCUGGGACACCCCUAGCCCUCCCCUAGCUCAGCCCAGUGUCACGGUUACCCCUUCUGACUUUCAGAACUCAGAUUUAAUUGAUGGUGAGGUGGGUACCACACCACCAUAUGCCACGGAGACCUAUGAUGAUUUGAUCCCUGAAAUCCAGGUGCAACCAGAUAGCCUUUCAUUUAAGCUGAUAUCUGAUUUUCCAGAAGCAAUGUCCCCCAAAUGUCCUGGACGCCCAUGGAAGCCACUUAGUAGAAAGGAUCCAGCCACAGAAAUGGGAGAAUUUUCUGAUUUUGAUCUCACUGAUGCUCUUUCUUAACUUAUACAGCCUGCUAGCUCAGAGAGAAAGCAUUCAACUGACCUUCCUCUUCCACUGUUGUCCCAGAAGCCUCUUCUUGUCUCAAAUAAGUCAUCUCCAACUCAAUGUCUGACUCCUCUGUUGCUUCUGAGUCUCUCUAUCCAUCCUCCUGAUUUCCUCUUACUUUCUAUGUUUUUUUCCCUAAUAAUUUAUGUUCACUUUCUGUCAGCUGUUUGCUUGCUCUGCCUCUUGACCUGAUUGUAUUUAAUCCUGUUUAUGAUACUCAGGCAGAAAGCUCUCAUAUUAAAGGUGUGUGCUAGGGAUGAGCCACACCAAAACCAGAAACUGUUUUUUUUUUCCAGUAAAUAAUGAAAUCUCGGA